UGGCACAUAUAUAAGGCAGAGAUAUAGAUGGAGCAGAGCUCAAUUGCCGUUGAGAGUUCUUGUGGCCAGACACAGUUAGAGCGCCAAGACACGAUGGCCAAUGGGGAUCUGAAGGCAUAUCUCGGCCUGCUGAGCGGCUUCUUUAACGAAUAUCGAACGGUUCUUAGGCAAAAAUCGCAGCCACCGCCACGCCUUGCCUUGAACUACAAUCGUGCGUUUUUGGUUUUAUUGGGCCUCUAUCCGAAUCGCUGGCUGCUGGGCAAAUACAGCCACUACAAACGCUGCAAUCGUUUACUCUUGGCUAAUUCGACUUCUCUUCUCUUGCCGAUUAUAUUUGCCAUGCAUGAGUCGACGAAUGUUGUUGAUAUGGGCGAAGAUAUGGCCUGGAUAAUUGGGAUAAGUCUGAUUGUAACCAAGAACUUAUACGUCUGUUGGCGUGCCAAUCAAAUCGAUGAAUUAAUUGAGGAUUUCAAUUAUUAUGAACGCUGCUUUAGGCCAACUCAGAGCAGGCAGCUAGCUGAGCUUGAAUCGGAUAAUGUGGAAAUACGUCGCUGGCAGCGUUUGUGCUAUUUGGUCGAAACGACCAUGAAUUUUGCCUUGAUUGUCUUUAUGGUUAUCUUCAAUGUGGCCAUUUGCGUUCAGCCUUUGUUUUCAGAACGAGAUUUGCCCUAUCAUGCGGUUUUUCCCUUUGGCUGGCACAACUCCGUAGAGCAUCCACGCGCGCAUAUGCUCAUCUACAUUUGGCAAGCGCUCACCUCGCAGUUCAAUCUGUUGGCCAUCUGCCAGAUUGAUACCCUGGGCAUACACAACUUUCUGCACACUGCACUCAAUCUGAAGAUACUCUGCCUGGAGAUGCACAAGCUGGGCAAAUUGCAGUUGACCGAUUUACAAUUUCAUGCGGAGUUUCGAAGGAUUAUUCAAUUCCAUCAGCAUCUAAUAAGCACUGUGCAGAAGAACAAUGGUCUGUUCCAUGGCACUUUCAUAGCUCAAAUGAUCGCCAGCUUUGCUUUGAUAUCGAUGUCCACCUUUGAGGCCAUGGCUGCUGCAGGCGAUCCCAAGAUGGCAGCCAAGUUUCUGAUCUUCAUGUUCGUUACAUUUGUGCAGUUGUCCUAUUGGUGUCUAGCUGGCACUCUGGUCCACACUCAGUCUACAGACGUGGCUCAGGCUGCCUUUGAGCUGAAGGACUGGCAUACCAGGUCAGUUUUUAUACAACGUAAUAUUCUAUUUAUGAUCAAGCGAUCUCAGAAGCCUUUGCUCUAUGCGGCAAAGCCAUUUCCGCCCUUUACUCUGGCCACCUACUCAAUUAUACUUCAGCAGUGCUAUAGAAUUUUGGCUCUGCUGCGUGAGGCCAUGUAA